GUGGCAAAAUAAUAUGUUGGAAAUUCUGACUUUUUGCAGAGAGAGAAAACAGGGAAACGGCCUACUGUUUCUCCGUCCCUCUGUCUCUCUCUAGAAAUCUUCCUUCUCGAUAGAGAUAUCCAUCCUUCUCUUUCAUUCAUUGAAAAGCCUGAGAGAGAGAGAGAGCGAGGGAUCCGAAUAAUCUUCGGUUCAUCAACGGUAUGGAUCAGAUAUUGAACAAGGUGGGCUCGUACUGGUUCAGCCAGAAGGCUAACAAGGAGAUCAACUCCGUCGGUGAUGAUUUCAACUCAUUGUCAACCAGCAUUGAAGGUGGAGCCAAAUGGUUGGUUAAUAAAGUCAAAGGAAAAAUGCAAAAGCCAUUGCCAGAGCUGCUAAAAGAAUAUGACAUGGCGGUAGGGAUCUUCCCACGUGAUGCCACCAACUAUGAGUUCAAUGAAGAGACGGGAAAGCUUACAGUCUUUGUACCGGCAGUUUGUGAAGUGGGCUACAGGGACUCAUCUGUUUUGCGCUUUUCCACCACUAUUACUGGGUAUCUGGAGAAAGGAAAGCUAGCUGAUAUAGAGGGGAUGAAGACAAAGGUGAUGAUAUGGGUAAAAGUGACCUGUAUCUCAUCUGAUGGAUCGAAGCUAUAUGUCACGGCCGGGAUGAAGAAAACAAGGAGCAGAGAGGCUUAUGAGGUUCUUAGAGAUGGUGUAACUGUAGAAAAGUUCUAAAGCCGGAUGCUUUUGAGUUUAUAUAUCCACACCUGUAAUUCCCCUUGUAGUGCUUGGACCGGCUUGUCUCCUCCGUGAUUGGGUAUUGUAACGACCAAGACCAGUUGAAUGAUUGAAUCACAUGUUAAAUGCUCCCUGCUUUUGAA